GCGGCGUGAGUUUUUUCGCUCUUAGCAGUUGUCACAUUUUGCAAUUGGAUUUGUUUGAGUAUAGUUGCCGUUUCGGAGCAAAUGAGAGCGAGAAAGGGAGAAUAUUAAGAGCGAGGGGAGAGCUCAGCCGUUCAGUCUGCGCGUCUGAUCCGUCCGCGUGUGCACACUUCACAGACAAGGCGACACUAGAUUUAUAUCGCUUUUCAUUGUUUUGCCUGUUUUUUUUUUCCCUCUCUCUCUCCCCUCCUCCUUCUUCUUCCAUUCGCAUGGAAUUUAUCAAGAGCAACCAACGCUGUUUGAUCGCGAUUUAUUUGCGUUGCACUUCGGUCCGGAUAGGGGGGAUCUCGCCGCGUAUUGCACCGUAUUCCUUGUGUGUGAAUUUUUAUUGAUAGGGGGGGGUAAGGAGACAGGAGGAAAGGGAGAGAAGAGGGGGAUAAAAACGUGCAGACGGCAAUUCAUCUUUCCAGGGGUUUUUUUUUUUUCCUUUUUUUCUUUUUUUGAUUUAUCGAGGCGUAGUCUUGUCAGCCGCGCGUUUUCAAAGCCAUUUUUCCAGGAGGAGAAGCUGUGAGCGGAGCGAGCGGUGCAGCCUGCUGGAGCCGAGGACGGAUCGCCCGGGGAAGGACUCCUCGUUCCUCAGGACGAUGGUGCUGGACAAGGAAGAGGGUGUGCCGAUGCUCUCCGUCCAGCCCAAAGGGAAACAGAAGGGGUGUGCUGGCUGCAAUCGCAAGAUUAAAGACCGCUACCUGCUCAAGGCCCUGGACAAAUACUGGCAUGAGGACUGUCUCAAAUGUGCCUGCUGCGACUGCCGCCUGGGGGAGGUGGGCUCCACCCUCUAUACGAAAGCCAACCUCAUCCUCUGUCGCAGGGACUACCUGAGGCUCUUCGGUACAACGGGGAACUGUGCAGCCUGCAGUAAACUGAUCCCAGCCUUUGAAAUGGUGAUGAGAGCCAGAGAUAAUGUUUACCAUUUGGACUGUUUUGCCUGUCAGCUUUGUAACCAGAGGUUUUGCGUGGGGGACAAGUUUUUCCUAAAAAACAACAUGAUUUUGUGUCAAAUGGACUAUGAGGAGGGCCAGCUGAACGGGAGCUUUGAGACACAGGUUCAAUAGUCGGAACGUCGUGGCAGCAACAGUCGGCUCCACACUUUACACACAAGAUGGAUGUUCUGCUGCACUUGGAUAAAGACAAGCGUCUGUCUGCUUGCCUGCAAUACUUUUUAAGACCCCUUUAUCAGUCCCUAAGGACUCUAUUGUAAAUGUUCAACUUUUUGCCCCUCCCACACCCCAACACUGAGCAGUUACAAAUUUUGAUGUACAGUUGUGCCUGCUUAGCUGAGCACUGUAUUGCUUGUAUGUUUUGUGAAAUUUGUUUCCGGUUAGUUUUUUUUUCCUUUUAGAAAUGGUUCAUUGGAGGGUAUGUACAGUCUGUUUUCUCUGUAUAUAUAAACUGGAACAUUUAUUUUAUGAAAUGUAAUGCAAUUUUAUUACUAGUGUGAAUUAAAGAUUCUUAAAUGU